GAUGCACUAUUACAAUGGUGUAAAGAUUCAACCCAGGGCUAUAAAGGUGUCGAAAUUACAAACUUUACAACCUCAUGGACUGAUGGUGUCGCUUAUUUAGCUUUGGUUCAUAGAUUCAAACCAAGUUUACUUGAUUUCAGUGCUGUAACAAAUAAAGAUAAACAUGCAAAUUAUAAGCAAGCCUUCAAAUUAGCUGAAGAUCAUCUCGGUGUUCCAGCAUUUAUCGAUGCUGAUGAUUUAGCCCAAUUACCAUUCGUCGACAGACAAAGCAAUGUUUGUUAUCUCGCAGAAUUUUAU